AUGACGGAAGAGAUAGAAGUACCCGAGACGAUCGAGCAACGCCUCCAGAAACAUGCCAAGGCCUUCGAAUCGUUGAUGGCUCUGGCGCCCGCACGUGAGUACUUUGGAAGCCAGAUAGACGAUGGACUGGAGCCGAGCGAGCAAUGGAACCGCAAGAAGCAGACCAAGGAGCAGAAGCGAGCGGCGAAGAAGGCCAAGCUCGAUCCGGCAAAUCAGAAGAGCGCUCUGGAUGUCAUGAAGGAGCACGAGCGGAAGCGGAAGCGCGAGCUUGGCGAGGAAGGCGGAGAGGAAGGCGGGGUGGGUGGCGAGGAUGCGGAAGAGAAGACGGUGAAGAAGCCUAAAGUGGAGCACGACGAGGGGGCGAGGAGGCGGCAGAAGGCAGAGCGGCGGAAGGAGAAGCGGCAGGUGAAGAAGGAGAAGAUGGAGCGGAAGAAGGUGAAAGCGGAUGCUAAGAAGGCCGCCAAGCAAGAUCAAGACCUGGAUGAAGCACUUGCAGAAAAGCGAGAGGCGGAAGCAAAGCUCGACGAGGACGAUGAUCAGUAUGAUGAAGAUGAUACAGUGGUUGCGCACAACAAUGGCGGCGAGCUGGACGGCUUUGAUGCCUCAGGUCUUGCUGAGGACGACACAAAUCUUGGAGAGGAUACACUCAUGGACGACGCGCAUAGUGUUGUGGGGUCCGAGGCUUCGUCAGCUCCCUCAACAGCAGCCGUCGACAGCCCAGCUUUUGACGUCGCCACCAACCACUCUGCAGCAUCUUCAUCAUCCUCGAUAGUACCGCCAUCACUUCCAGAACAGACGAAGCAGUCUGCGACAACGAAACCAGCAAAGCCUACAGUAGACACAACUGCCGCACAGGCUGCAAUAAAGAAGAGCGACCCCACAUCUGGCACAUCAUCACCGAAGAUCCAACUACCAAACAUCGACCAGGCACAACUCCAAGAGCGUCUACGACAGCGAAUAGAAGAGCUGCGGGCACGACGAAAAGCGGACGGACCAGAAGGCAAGCCAGCCAAGAGCCGACAAGACCUUCUCGAGCAACGGCGGAAGAAGGAGGAGCAGCGCAAAGCAGCCAAGAAAGAGCAAAGACGACAAGCGAAAGAUGAUGAGCAGUGGAAACGAGAGGAGCAGCUACGAGGCUCAGGCAGCCCAAUGUCCAUGGACAUGUUCAGCCCACGAACUCAAGAAAACAACUUCUCCUUCUCCCGCCUUGCCUUCGAAGACGGUACUUCCGCAGAUCCCACAAUGAGCACCCUCGCUGACCCGCGAAAGAAGAAAGGACCCCAAGACCCCCGUACAGCCCUCGAAGCCGCCCAAAAGAAACAAGCCCGCAUUUCCGGGCUCGACGCGGAGAAACGCGCAGACAUCGCCGACAAAGACAUGUGGCUCAACGCCAAGAAACGCGCUCACGGCGAGAGAGUCCGAGACGACACGAGUCUGCUCAAGAAGGCGUUGAAGAGGAAGGAGAAGGGCAAGUCGAAAAGCGAGAAGGCUUGGCAGGAGCGGGAGGAGAAUGUUGUUAAGGGAAGGGAGAUGAAGCAGAAGAAGCGAGAGGCGAAUUUGGCGAAGCGGAAGGAGGACAAGGGUGGGAAUAAAGGAGGAAAGAAGGGGCCCCAGAAAGGCGGGGCGAAGAAGGGCGGGAAGAGGCCAGGGUUUGAGGGGAGGUUCAAGGCGUAG